UGGCCUCUGCAGUCCUGUCUACAAGCGGUUUGCAGACCCGCCGGUGCUGGCCCGAGAUGGGGCUGUCUGCUUUCGCUGACACUUAGCCAUUAGUGGGCAAACCCCGGGCGGGCCAGGUGCGCAGAGGAGCUGCAGAGGAGGGAGGAGCUGGGGCCUGUGCUCGGGGCCCUAACGCUGGUGGUAUGGCUGGGGCCCUGAAGCCUAAUGAGUAAGGGUUUGGAGCUCAGGCCUGUUACUUCCCCUCCUGGGGCCUCAGUUUCCACAUCUGUGAAGUGGGUCAUAGGACAGAUGUGGGGAAAACAGGAGAAGGUACAUGUGUGACUGACCGGCACAGCCCAUGUUGGCUGUUGUGAUGGUGCUUGACACGGGGACCCCUGACUAUCGUUGGUCUUGUGUGGCCCCCAUUGGGGCCGGAGCACUGGCCAGGGGCAUGGCCAGCCUCUCACCCAGGCCCUGCCUUGCCCUGGCCACAGGUGGUUUCAACAAGUUCCAGACGGAGUACUCGGAGCACUGCGAGACCAACGUGGACAGCUCGUCCUCGCCCAGCAGCUCGCCGCCCACCUCCGUGCUGGGCCUGGGGGGCCUGCGCAUCAGCUCUGACUGCUCGGACGGGGAGUCGGACCGGGAGCUGCCCAGCAGCGCCACCGAGUCGGACGGCAGUCCUGUGCCGUCCAGCCAGCCGGCCUUCCCCGUCCAGAUCCUGCCCUACCUCUACCUCGGCUGCGCCAAGGACUCCACCAACCUGGACGUGCUUGGCAAGUACGGCAUCAAGUACAUCCUCAACGUGACGCCCAACCUGCCCAACGCCUUCGAGCACGGCGGCGAGUUCACCUACAAGCAGAUCCCCAUCUCCGACCACUGGAGCCAGAACCUGUCCCAGUUCUUCCCCGAGGCCAUCAGCUUCAUCGACGAGGCGCGCUCCAAGAAGUGCGGCGUCCUGGUGCACUGCCUGGCGGGCAUCAGCCGCUCGGUGACGGUCACUGUGGCCUACCUGAUGCAGAAGAUGAACCUGUCACUCAACGACGCCUACGACUUCGUCAAAAGGAAAAAGUCCAACAUCUCACCCAACUUCAACUUCAUGGGGCAGCUGCUGGACUUCGAGCGGACGCUGGGGCUGAGCAGCCCGUGCGACAACCACACGCCCAGCGAGCAGCUCUACUUCUCCACGCCCACCAACCACAACCUGUUCCCCCUCAACACCCUGGAGUCCACGUGAGGCCGGGCCCCGUGGGCAGGGUCCCGGCCUCCCCAGGGAGCCUGAGGAACCCGGACAUCGCCUGUGCCCGGAGGCCAGGCCGACGGGUGCUGAGCGCUCACCAUCCGGGGGACGGAGCCCAGCAGCACUCCCCGCGCAGGACUCGGAGGGGCCCUGCCUCAGACUCAGGGCUGCAGAACAGACGGGGCCAGGACACUUCCUGCGAAUGGCCCAGCCAGGUGGGCGGUUUUUAAAGACACCACGGACCGAGUUCACUUUUUAUUUGGCAGGUAAACCCAAGCCCCGGGGCACCGUGAGGCCACGUCUUCUUGACUUUCCUUUUUUAACGAAAAGUGUUAUUUUCAGGCCACAUGCAGCAGUGGAUUGUAUAAACCAGUAUUUCAUCCCUUUCUUGAUCCUGCGAGAGAGAGAAGUGUUCUCAGUUUUGUUUUCCUUUCUAUUUACAAAUGCCGUUACUGGUUUUUUGUUUGCUUUUUUUUUUAAUGGAAAAGACGAACCCCCGUGUUGAUCUUGACCAAAUGCAUUUUGCACAUGUGUGAAGCCUGUUUCUGCAGCGGGCCCUUCUCGAAGGGGGGACCCCGCCGCACCCAUGUUCCCCCCCCCCCCCCCCCCCGUGGCCCUGCGCUGGUCUGGAGAAGCUGCCGGGUGCGAUGGGGCUGGGCCAGUGGUCUCUGCAUUCUCUGCCCUCCCUCUCGUCCCUCAGGUGGGCCCGCAGACUAACCACGACAGGAGCCGGAGGCCCUGCAGCUGUCCUGCUGGCGGGGAGGGGACACAAGCAGUAGCAUUAGCACUCUGGGCUCGGCCCCUGGGAGGGCCUGGGCCCGGGCCUUUUCUCUACAAACCCACUACUUCUGUCUCUUUCUCUCUGUUUGUUGGUAACAGUGGAGGCCCAGUGGCUGGGGGAAGCUCAGGUGGUAGGGGCCCCGCCAUGCCUCCCAGGUGUCUGUCCGUCACCCUGGCUGUUGCUUUGGGUCCGCUGCCACUCCCAGCCCCUUGGUCCAGUGAGGCCUGCCCAGCGCUCGUCUUGCCCAUGCCUUCUGCGACCAGGAACCUCGUACCCAUCCCAUUUCCGGCCCGGGCAGGCGCAGAGGGGCGAGGGUGGGUGGGCAGUGAAAGGGGUGCAAGGCUCUGUCCUCCAGCCCCACCCCCAGUAUCCACAGAACAAAGCCACGGAUUCCGUUAGCCUCUCCAGUUUUGUUCCUUCUCCAGCCUCAGUUCUACCGGGUGUCGGGACCGUGUGGGGCCAGGGCGGGGAGCGGGUGGCCGGGUCCCUGAGCGGGGCCGUGGCCCCUCUGCCCCACUGCAUCUUACCUCUCGGGGGUUGUUUUCAGGGAUUCUUCAAGGCAGCAGAUUCAAAUCUUGCCACAGUCGAGAAAUUGACAAAAAGCUUCCAUGCUGUACAUGGUUCUCUUUCUCUCUCUUUUUUACUUUUAAAGAGAAAAACCCAGAAAGAUGCAUCAGAUUUGUGUAAAUGAGAGUAUGCCAAGAGGGGCCAGUUUUGCUUUAUGACCUUAUGAAGGAAAAUUUGUGACCCUACAUAUAUGUACACACACACACACACACAUCCCGAGCCAGCGACGGGACUUUGUUUAUAUUGCAAAUAAAUAUUAUUUUUUCUUUAAAA